AUGGAAAGAAACAUCCUAAAGAAAUACCGAAGUUUUUUUAAUUUUGUUGUUCGUGCAAAAAAUAAUAUAGAAAAUCAAAAAAACAUAGAAUAUGGAAAAAAAAUAUAUAUGAAGAAUAUAUCCAAGAGUAAUUACAAUGUCAAAACAAAUUCCGAUAAUAUAUAUGACAAUAAACUUUUUUUAAAAUAUUGGAUACGGAAAAAAAGACCAGGAGCACGAAAUUAA